AUGGAGAGGAAGCGCUCCAGCCGCCGCUACCGCUACCGCCCGCGCAAGAGCUGGGCCGAGCGCUGCAAGGACUACCUGCGACACUUCCUCGCCUUCAUGUUCAGCAAUGUCGGCAUCAUUGGCCUGGUGGUGGGCUACACGAUCGCGGGCGCGUUCAUGUUCAUGGCGAUCGAGGGCUCGGAGCCGGGCUGGCCGGCGCACGAGGCGGAGCGCAUGCGCAGCGAGACGGCGGCGCGCCUGUGGCGGCUCACGGAGCAGCUGAACCCCAUCCCGGGGCGCGCGCGCUGGGCAGAGGCCGUGGCGCCCGAGCUGGCGCGCUACCAGCGAGACGUGGUGCGUCUCGUGCGCGACGGCUUCGACGGCAGCAGCGCGCGCCCGCGCUCACAGUGGACCUUCUCGGGCGCCUUCCUCUACUCGCUCACCGUCAUCACCACCAUCGGUUACGGCAACGUGACGCCCAAGACUGAGUGGGGGAAGCUGGCGACGAUCGUGUACGCCAUCGUGGGCAUGCCGCUGUUCCUGCUCUACCUGUCCAACAUCGGCGACAUCCUGGCGCGCAGCUUCAAGUGGACGUUCGCGCGCCUCUGCCUGUGCCGCGGCUGCGCCCGCCGCCGCCGCCUCCCGCCGCCUCCGCCACCGCCCCCCUGGCAGAGGUCGUCAUCGGCUCCAGCGUCCUUCCAGGAGUUCCAGAUGGAGCGCCGGGCGCCCCCGAUGCGCCGUUCGUUGGGCCAGCGACCCCUGGGAACGGAGGCAGACCUGGGGAUGGGCAUGGGCGGCCUGCGUGACCUCGACGGCGGCGGCGCCUUCUCCGAAGACGGUGUCGUCUCCGACCCGGAGGCCGACGAGGACCUCGACGACUCCGCUGACGAGGACUCCACCAGCAGCACGUCCAGCUACGACCCGCAGUCCGUCACCGUGCCCGUCACCCUCUGCCUGGCCAUCAUGGUGGGGUACGUGUGCGGGGGCGCCUUCCUCUUCUCGGAGUGGGAGUCGUGGGACUUCCUGGACGGCUCGUACUUCUGCUUCAUCAGCCUGAGCACCAUCGGCUUCGGCGACAUCGUGCCCGGCGACAAGAUCUACAGCGAGGGCAUCGAGCUGAGCUUCAUCUUCUGCAGCAUGUACCUGAUGCUCGGCAUGGCGCUCAUCGCCAUGUGCUUCAACCUCAUGCAGGAGGAGGUCGUCCACAAGAUCCGCUCGUGCGUGCGCUCCGUGCGCAACUGCUUCGGCUGCCGGUGACACAGGUAGAAGAGCCACAACGAGACCACCAAAACGCAGAGUGUCGCCUUUUGGAGGCACCGCCGCUGCGAUUUCCUGCUUCGUCCAAAGAGGCAGCGUGCCGGGAGAAUGGCCCUGGCCAGCGGCGGCGGAGGAGACGCCGCGCGACUUCAAACGACCGGCCGCCUGGCGAGUUUUGUGUGCGCCUCCUGCUGCAGGCUUUGUGCAGUCGCGAUUGCUGUGGAUUAAGGUGCGGUGCGGCGCGGGACGUCGCGCGGCCGCACAGACGUGCAAAUUGCUUUCCGCCCGCGCUGUCCGCGCCCAAAAUUGUCCCGCGUCGGCGAGACACACGGCAGCGGCAGCGGCGAGGGCGGAAACGGCGGCUAAUGAAGGCGUGUGAAUUGCGAACCGAGCCAAAGAGGCGGAAGAAGGAGACGGCGCCGAGAAACUUCUGUGGGGAAAGGAUAGUGGCGCCGGACUUAAUUCUCCCUUGCUUUUUCCUCUCUAGGUCCAAUGGCGUGAUUCCCGCGAUGAACAUUCAUUGUGUGUGUGUGUGUGUGUGUGUGUGUGUGUGUGUGUGUUGGCGCGAGGGGUGUAAGAGGGUGCCCAGGCGAGGCAAGAAUAGGAGCUGCGAUUUCCUAGUCAGAACUGUAGGCGAGAAAUAAAUAUUGAAAAAUCGCAAGCCACAGGUUCUGUUGGGAUGCAAAGUGGAUUUCGGUCGCGUUGAUUGCCCAGGUGCGCGCAUUUUACGCGCGGCGGAAUGAGGAUGCAUUAUGAAGAGCGACGCCUAGCCGAGCUCGCGAGGCACCUGUUUGCCUGGGGGCUGGUCCGCGCCCGGCCGGUCCCAGAUGCCUGUGUCAGCUUUUGCGCCUGCCACCAGAGCGGCUGCGAAUUUCGCAAUCUAUACAGAUUUUCGCCUGCCGCUCUCCGGUCUCCCUGAGGAAUAAACAGAGACACGCACCCCCCCCCCCCCCCCAAAAA